GCAGCAGGCGCGGACAUUCAAAAUCAUGGCAGAGCGUUUUACUUUGUCAGAACCAUUAAAACCGACAUUAAAGUCCGAGGACACCGACAAUCUGUCUUCUGUUAACGACGGGGAUGUUGCGGCAAAGGGGCGGCUCUCUUUCUCAUCAAAAAAAGAUAUUAAUGCACCAGAGGAACCGAUUGAGACAUGUGCAGACCGAAAUCUACAAAGUCUUUCAGACGACUCAAACUCUUGUCGGCUGUCUGAGCAAAUUGUUGAACAACUGUCGCCAAAGGCUGUCAAUACAUGCCUAAAAAUGAAAAAUGUCGUAAAUGUUUCUCCUAAACAGCACAGAGUUAACACUAAUGAAGAUAAGGAGAACGCUGCGAAGCCAGCCAUCCCUUCAGAUGGUACAAAAGAGGAAAGCACACCUGGUCAAGACUCCCACGUGACAGCCAGUGAUUUCGACACAGAGGAAAGAGCUGCUGACGUGGCGAGAAGAGCACGGGAGGAAGGCCGCGUGGACGUGGUCUUUUCUGGCACUGUAACUCAGGAUGGCUGCUACCGUUUUGUCAGCGAGAUCCUCAAGUGCAUUCUUUAUCAGAGACAGCAACUACCCAUGACUUAUGACCAGCUGGUGUACUCCCAGAAGAAAUGGCAAGCUUCAGCGCAGGAUAAAGACGCACCGAGCCGGAGGCCAGCAAAAUCUGCAAAUACGGACUUGCGGAAAAGUCAACAGACCCUUCAAGAGCUGGAAGAGGUCUUGCAGCAGCUGGAGGUGCUGUUUUCUGUGAGCAAGGUCCCACGUGUCUUACUGCUAAUGGGAGGCUCUCUUGUCCUCCCCAAAGAGCUGUAUGAAAUCAACAUGGAGGAUCUGGGCUUAUCCGGUGGGGAUCAGAGUCUACGAGUGUCAACAUGCUUAAGGCAACUCUUCCGCACUCUUUUUGUUACUGACCUCUUGUCUGACAGCAGACCUGUUCGUUUGAUGACCACCACUGUCUUAGCACUGGCGCACAGGGAUUGCGGUGUAGGUUGGUUCCGCCCAAAACUACAAUUUAAAGUACCGACUCGUGUAAAAAACCAAAUCAUUGCUCUUUCCACUGACCCCAACAUCUGUAAGGAACCAAAAGCAGAGGGGUCAGACUUGCAGAAUUACAUUUGGUUCCAGGCACCCAUGACUAUUAAAGGCCUGAGCAACUGACCCUAAAACCCUGGACGUGCAUAAGUCUGAUCAUGAGUUCCUGCUCUAUAGACUGUGUGCGACAGUGAAUUUUAAUGAAAGUUCAAGUGGAUAUUGAACUCGUUUUGAUUUAAGCUGUACAUAUUUUAAUGAACUGAGUCGUAUCAGAGCAUGUCAAAUAAAGAGUGGGUUUUGACUCAUGCACAGCAUGUAUUUUUUUAAAGUCUUCGAAAGUACUGAAUGUUUUUAUUCUAAUAAGCAUGUAAUACAACAGGAACUGUUUAUAAAAAACAAAAAACCUGCAUUUUACACAUUUCCACAUACAUUAAGCAGAAUAACGUGCAAUAGUUUUAAGAACAUAACUUGAAGUUUAAUGAAUUAAAUGUUUUUUGUUCCAUCUGAGGACAUAUUUAUGUACCAGGCACUGUGAACAUGUUUACAUUUGUUGAAACUUACAAAUGAUCUAAGUAAUGUUGCAAAUCAAGCAGAAGAUGAGAACGGUCAGAGAAACAGGGAUUUGUGUGUGUGGCAGUGUGUAUAUGUGUGAGGAAUGAUCAGAUAUAAUAAACAAAUGGCACCAAACUCCAUUGGUCUGCGAGUACAU